AUGCAUCAAACCGUCCUGCUGUUGUUAGCGUUGGUUGCAUUAUCAUACACAUUUGGAAUAUUCGCGCGACCAUCCGCAUUGGAUAAAGAGACGCGACAGCGGAAAUCUAGACAAGGUUCCCUCAAACUUUGCCCACCAGGUGGACCUUCAUUCCUCGAUGCGUUCAACUUGAUCUGUCCGAUGCGAAGACGACGACGGAGCCCCGACUAUGCGCUCGAGGAAAGCAGCUCACUCGAGAAGAUUAUGCACAAAUGCUGUGACGAAGGUUGUGAAUUCUCCGACAUCUUCCCAAUUUGCAAUCCGUUCGGAUGA